UCCUCAAUCCCAAUCCCCUAUGCCGGCGUCCGGAACGGGCCCCGGCGGCGGGCCGCCGCUGCCGGCGGAGGAGGCGCCCGAGGAGGAGGAGCCGGGGCGGCCCCACGAGGCGCUCGAGCUCGGCCUCAGCCUCGGCGUCGGGGCGGCGGCUCGUGAGUUACCGGUUCUGCGGGUCGUGCAGGUGAGCUCUGCCAGCUCGGGAGAGGAGGAGGAAGAAGAGGAGGCGGGUGGGGAUGAGGAGGCGGAGGGGGAGGGGCCGUCCCUCCCCAGCUGCCCCGUGUGUAUGAACCCGUGGACCGCCGAGGGCGAGCAUCGCGUGAGCUGCAUUCCUUGUGGGCAUGUCUAUGGCAGGUCUUGUUUGGAGAAAUGGUUAUUACAGUGUGGGAAGAAAACUGCCACGUGUCCUCAGUGUGGCAAGGUAUAUAGGCAAAAGAACAUUAUCAAUCUCUAUGCACCAGAGAUUGUUGUUCCAAAUGAUGAUCUUGAAAAGCAAGUAUUGUCAUUGAGACAGAAAAAUGAUACUCUUGAGAAUCAACAACAAAAAAUGAUUGAGGAGAUAAAAGAGUAUAAGAGGCAGAUUUCGUUGCAGAAGCAUUUAAUAAAUGAAUCGAAUUCGAAGCGACAGAAAAUGGCAGAACAGUCAUCAAACGGAGCAAGGAUUGCACAGUCAGUUGCCUCAUUUAGAGCAGAUGGUGGCAGUAGUGACCCUUGCAAGUUUUUUCUCCAGAAUGAGUAUUUCCUGGAUGGAGCUCGAGUCAUGGGCAUUGAUGCAUCCAGCCAGAUCAUAUUAGCUUCUGGCAGGGCUGCUGGAGUUAGUAUUGAACAUGUCCUUACAAAGAUCAGCAUGUUCUCUGGGCAUCAAACAAAAGUGCAGCUUCCCCCCAAUACAAAAGCUCUCAAGGAUAUCUGUAUAAUUCCUGGGGGGCUUGCUGUUUUUGCAUCUCUUGGCAAGAAAUUGUCACUUUUAAGCAUGACAACCAAUAAUAUCGUCCAUCAAUAUGAUCUACCGGCUCCUGGCUGGUCCUGUUCAGGGCUUCAAAACGGUCCAAAUCACAUAUAUGCCGGAUUACAGAAUGGCAUGCUUUUGGUCUUUGAUACCCGCCAAACUAAAGCAGCACUGCAUUCCUUAACGGGUCUAUCUACACACCCAGUUCAUACAAUCCACUCUGUGGUAGAUUCCAGUGGUUCCACGAAGGUCAUCUCUGCUUCUUCCAUAGGACCUUGUAUUUGGGAUGUAGAUGGCAGCGAAAAUAGGCCAAGUUUGCUUACCGGGACGGAAAACCAAGGGGUCUGCAUAUCUCUUGCAUGUGCUGCUCCAUCAAGUGAUCUAAUUGUGGCUACCUUCCGUCCGAAAGUUGAGUUGUCAGUUGAUGGCACCUCAUCCCAAGUGGCUAUAUCACAAUCACCGACGCUCUCCAGUUCUGGAAAGCUGGGGUGUCAUGCCCUCAUGAGGAGGGCAAGCGGCACAUCCUUCGUGAAAGAACAGACCUGCAACGGCAAUGUAAGUGAGCUGCGGAUGUCCAAAUCUGCAAUCAUACCCAGCAUCAGAAACAACCAGCACCUGUUUGCCUAUGGCGAUGAGUCGCUGAGCGGAAUCCGGACGUGGCAGCUGCCUUCGUUUCAGGCGUUCAGUGAUCUCAAGCCGCACCGCAGACCGAUCCUUGACCUGAGGUUCGCACAGAGCUCUACCGGGGAGAAGUACCUUGGCUGCUUGAGCGAGGAGAAGCUGCAGGUUUUCAGAGUCAAUGAUCACUAAUCCUUCAUUAACAGUAGCACUUCACUAGCUUAGUUGUACUAGCAUAAACAGGUUUUGUUUGUACAGUGUCUCUCUAAAUCACAUAUCUAGUGUACAAGUCUAUGUAUGAUUUUUUUAGAGAUGAAACAUAAAGAUCUUGAUAUAAAUGGGAUGAUUUCUUGUAUGCUCUCACUCCGACAUUUUUCCUUGUUCUUGUCAUCACAA